CACCGCCGGGCGCUCUUCGAGAAGAGGAAGCGCCUCAGCGACUAUGCGCUCAUCUUCGGCAUGUUCGGCAUCGUCGUCAUGGUCAUCGAGACCGAGCUUUCCUGGGGUCUCUAUUCCAAGGACUCCAUGUUCUCCCUGGCCCUGAAAUGCCGUAUCAGCCUCUCUACUUUCCUCCUGCUGGGCCUCAUCAUCGCCUACCACACGCGGGAGGUGCAGCUCUUUGUGAUUGACAACGGAGCUGACGACUGGCGGAUAGCGAUGACGUACGAGCGCAUCCUCUACAUCAGCCUGGAGAUGCUGGUUUGUGCCAUACACCCCAUCCCUGGGGAGUACAAAUUUUUCUGGACAGCCCGCCUGGCUUUCUCCUACACGCCUUCUCGGGCAGAGGCAGACGUAGACAUCAUCCUGUCCAUCCCCAUGUUCCUGCGCCUCUACCUGAUCGCUCGGGUGAUGCUGCUGCACAGCAAGCUCUUCACCGACGCCUCCUCACGCAGCAUCGGGGCACUCAACAAGAUCAACUUCAACACCCGCUUUGUCAUGAAGACUCUCAUGACCAUCUGCCCCGGGACAGUGCUGCUGGUCUUCAGCAUUUCCCUCUGGAUCAUCGCUGCGUGGACAGUCCGGGUGUGUGAGAGGUACCACGACCAGCAGGACGUAACCAGCAACUUCCUGGGUGCCAUGUGGCUCAUCUCCAUCACCUUCCUCUCCAUCGGCUAUGGUGACAUGGUCCCGCACACCUACUGUGGGAAGGGUGUCUGCCUGCUCACCGGCAUCAUGGGUGCUGGCUGCACGGCACUGGUGGUGGCCGUGGUGGCCAGGAAGCUGGAGCUUACCAAAGCCGAGAAGCACGUCCACAACUUCAUGAUGGACACGCAGCUGACAAAGCGGAUCAAGAACGCGGCGGCCAAUGUCCUGCGGGAAACAUGGCUCAUCUAUAAGCACACCAAGCUGCUGAAGAAGAUCGACCAUGCCAAAGUCAGGAAGCAUCAGAGGAAGUUCCUACAAGCCAUUCACCAGUUGCGGAGCGUGAAGAUGGAGCAGAGGAAGCUGAGCGACCAAGCCAACACCCUGGUCGACCUCUCAAAGAUGCAGAACGUGAUGUACGACCUCAUCACCGAGCUCAAUGACCGCAGCGAGGACCUGGAGAAGCAGAUCGGCAGCCUGGAGUCCAAGCUGGAGCAGCUCAGCGCCAGCUUCAACUCCCUGCCCCUGCUGAUGGCCGACAUGCUGCGCCAGCAGCAGCAGCGCCUGCUCGCCGCUGUCCUGGAGGCACGGGGGGUCGGCGUGCCGGUGGGCACCCCCCAAACUCCUCUCUCCGAGAGCCCCAUCGGGGUCAGCUCCACCUCCUUCCCCACCCCUUACACAAGCUCAAGCAGCUGCUAA